AUGGGUAGGUAUAACAAUAGAAGAACCCAAGCUGCUGCUGAAGCUCUGAAGAAUACGCCAUCCAGAGCUCGAUUUUCAAAAGGCCCACCGAAGCGACAAAAGAAAAAGAACAACAGAGAUACAAGCAAUAACACUGAUAGCAAUGGGAACAAUAAUGGAGGGAAUCAAAAGAAUCCUCGUGUUGGUAGACACCCUAAUACUGCAGCUACUGCUCGCGUGAUUGACAAGAUUCAAAAUCGACAGCAGGAAGCGUCCCAGAAGACCAAACAACGAGUGGCUACGACCGAAGAAGCUUUGAGUUACAUUGAUAAGUCUAAAUUGGACAAAGUCACUUUGCCUGGUGACAUUUUGGAAGUUAUAACAAAUCUAUUGGAAAAUUUGGGUGUCAAGGAGUCUGCACGCUCCAAAAGGAAAGAUGACCACAUCGAAUUGGAGAAAGAAAUGGAGAUGGACCAAGAUGUAAACGAUCAAGUGCCGAUCGACGAUGACAACGUGACGGAGGACAUUUCAGAAGCACCAGAUGCAGAGAGUGAAGAGGUGAAUAGACGGCGAAAAGGGGCUGCAUCGAAUGUUGGAUAUGCAGAGUACGGCGAUGAUGUCGAAGAAGAGGCAUACUAUCAAUCUGUGGGACAAAUUGGGGGUGGACUCAUGGAAGAGGCAGAGUGGGAAGGGGAGGUAAAGGUGACCAGCGAUCAAGAGAUCUCCAACGAAAGCGAAGUCAAGGAAGACGAGAUACCAGAAAGAAUACACAAGGAAGCGGCUUUCAUCUACCUUACUCAACGGCUGUCAUUUUCAAAAACGAAUGCAUGCCGAGCUUGCUUAGCAAUCGAGAAUUGGGAUAUUCACGACGAUGAUAACAAGAAAGACGACGAAGCAAAGUCAGCACCGAAGAAAUCCAAUGAAGCAAUUUCACUAGCGAUGGAUUGGCUUUGCCUUCAUUUGAGCGAAGCCGAAUUAUCGAAGGGGUUCCUGACCAAUCAAGACACAAACAAAUCUAGCUCCACAGUGAUGCCGAGUAUCAACAUCAAAGUAGUCCCACAUCCCUCGAUUUCAGUCGCUAAAUCUAUCACAUCAGACAAGGAGUGGUCACGAAAUGUUCGAAUUCAAGAAAAAAUAUUGAAGUUCGUGAAGAUGGGGUUUCAUCAUUCCGAAGCAUCUGGAAUCUGCGAAGCAAUCAAGGAUAUAGAAGCGAUGUCGAAGAUAGAUGAAUACGCUCUUUUGCUUGAACUUUUGGAAUCGUUGGAGGAGAAGGCUUGCGAGGGAAGUAAGUCUGGCCGGAGCAAGGAGCCUUUGAACGCAGCAGAUUUGGAGUUUGCGGCUGAGGAGCGCAAACAAGAGAUCGAAGUGUUGCAAGCAAUUUACGCGGAACAAGUCGAUAUCAUUGCUGGCUAUAGGGAUAGUGACAUUUCUAACUACAGCCUAAAGAUUGUACCUGUCGAGGAACUGGAGGAGCCAGCGAAGUCGGAAGACUGUCAACUCGAAGUAUUCCCGAGGUCUGGGUAUCCUGUUGUUGAAGCUCCGCUACUUCUGUUCUCAAAUCCAUCUCUACCGCCAACUUUAUUGCGGCGAAUCAAUGAUGAAAUCGCUCGUAAAGCAGUUUUUGGUGUCGGCGUGCCUGUAGUAUACGAGAUUGCAAGCUUCCUUGCAGAAUCCAUUCAUGAGAUGCAAAUUGAUUUCAUCAAACAGCAGCGGCGGAAGGAGUUUGAAGCAGAACAAUUGCGUAUUCGAAAGCAAGGCCACGGUGUUAUCGCCCAAGCUAGUGAAGUUGAAGUUGAGGGGGGGAAGCUUGGACGAAGACAGAAAGCAAAAUUGAGGGCAGCAGAAAUGGCAUAUGACCGAGACGAGCAAAUAGAAAAGGAAUUUGAAGGGUUCCGUCAACGACAGGAAGAGAGAAUACACGAGGCAAAGCAUCAAAGUAGCAGGAUCCGCAGUGUCAUGGCUGAACAAACCCUUGCAGAACGAGAAAAACAGAGAGUUGAAGCAGAGGCAGAACGAGCGGCACGGGCUGCCAUGAACGAUGCAUUCAACCGUGGCGAAAGCGUCUCAGUUGCACGAGAGAUGGCAAAGAAUGCUAGAAUACUCUCACUCAAAGAAAAUGGUAUAGUCGAAGACGCGAAACUAAGUGCAGAAUCUUCACACCAUGAUGAACAAGCCGAAGAAUCUAUUGAAGAGGCUCCAAAAGUAUCUCAACCUGAGUCGACACCAACGACAGCUGCGUUCAUAGAUGGUUUAGCCGCUACAGGUGAAAGCACCUAUCAUGACGAAGGGACACCAAUGACCAAUGCGUUUAUGGAUAGAUUGCGACAGAUGUACGAUGACGCAGCGAAGCAAAAGGCGGGAAUCAAAUCCAGCAAGUCUGAUGAAAAUGAAGCUAUCCAAGUCAACGGUGAAAAAACCAAACUCGAGAUGGUUCGGUUAAACAAACCUGAGAGAGACGCUAGCGAUAACGAGCUGGUGCACAUCCCACGGCCAGUUCCUGUGUUGAGCGGUGAAAUGGGGGAUAUGAUGAACGAUGUUAUUGAUCAGCAAAAGAAUCAACCAUGGCUGGUUUCACCGGAGGCGCGAGUACCGACAAUGUCAGAUGAUAACGGAGCAAAACCAGGGAAACCAUCUCAGCGCCAACAUAAUAUCAGUAAGAAGCUUCGGGAAGAACUAGAACGAAAACGUGAUCAGGCAGAGCAGUGGGCUGAAAAGAACGUUGGAUCUGCGAAUAAUUCGAAAUCUACAGGGAGUCACUUCUAUUCACCAAAAAGAUUUCACUCCCUGUGGUCCGUUCGUCAAAGGUUGCCUGCAUACCAAAUGCACCAAGAGAUUGUUGCAACCAUCAAACACAAUCAAAUUACAGUUAUAGCCGGCGACACAGGUUGCGGCAAAACAACUCAAGUCCCACAGCUUGUGCUCGAUGAUUUGAUUCUGAAUGGGCAAGGCGCAAGUGCAAAUAUCAUCGUCACACAGCCGCGACGAAUUAGUGCCAUCGGGGUUUCGGAGCGCAUAGCUGAUGAGAGAUGUGAAAAAGUUGGCGAAUCUUGCGGUUACUCAAUCAAGUUGGAGAAGAAACUGUCGAACCGCACCAGGCUGCUUCUGUGUACAACAGGAAUCCUGUUGCGAAGGCUACAGUGUGACCCAGACUUAGCUUCUGUCUCACAUAUUUUUGUUGACGAGGUCCACGAGCGUGACCUUAACACCGAUUUCUUGCUGAUCAUAGUCAAAGAUUUGCUGGCGCGUCGAAAGGACCUGAAGCUCAUCCUGAUGAGUGCAACAUUAAACUCUGAUGCUUUUGCAAAAUACUUCAGCGGUUGCCCUGUGGUAUCGAUCCCCGGUCGGGCGCACCCUGUACAAGAGUUUCGGCUCGAAGAUGUGCUUCAAAUGACAGGUCAUCAAGUCCAGGAGGGUGGAGAUUUUGCGCUACCAGCCAAUGACAAGCGGCCACCAAAAGUAUCUAAAUCUGCUUUGCGAAAGCUUUACUACCCGAAGUACAGCAAAGAGACAAUCCACUCGCUGUCGAUCAUCGACGAGGAGAAAAUCAAUUAUCCAUUGCUUGCUGAUCUGCUCGAACAUAUUUCAACGACACAGGAAGAGGGAGCCAUUCUGGUUUUCAUGCCAGGUAUGAUGGAAAUCACGAAAGCUAUUGAUGAAAUGUACAAGAAAGAAAUCUUUCAGUCAUCAAAAGUUGUAAUCUAUCCACUCCAUUCAUCAUUGUCUUCCGCUGAGCAGAAAGCAAUCUUCGACGUACCGCCCCAAGGUGUGAGGAAAAUCGUUGUUUCAACAAAUAUUGCUGAAACAUCUAUUACUAUAGAAGAUGUCGUCUACGUUGUGGACAGUGGCAAACUGAAAGAAAAUCGUAGAGACGAAGUCAAUGAAACACCGACGCUAGUUGAGUGUUGGGUGAGCCGCGCAUCUGCAAAACAGAGGCGAGGGCGUGCUGGUCGAGUUAGGCCCGGAAUCGCAUAUCAUCUAUUCUCAAGCCAUACGCAUGACAAGAGUUUAGAAGAUUACCAACUUCCAGAAAUGUUGCGUGUUGGUAUCGAGGAUAUCGUUCUCCAAAUUCUUAUUUUAGACCUUGGGGAGCCGACUUCAUUCUUGAGCAAAGCCCUAAACCCACCGUCAGAUCUUGCAAUGUCAAAUUCGCUGAACCUUCUAGAGACUCUUGGGGCGGUGGAAUGUAGUUGGCAAGAACGAUCGGGAACCCGAAGGCCAACAAGCGAGAAUGAUUCUUCCACUGAUAAAAAUUGCGGAGAUUUGAAGGUUUCGAGUGAGCUAACCGCACUUGGUUUUCACUUGGCAACUCUGCCAGUGGAUCCCCGGGUCGGCAAGAUGAUGAUCUAUGGGGCUCUCCUUGGAUGCACCGAUCCUGCAUUGACUAUCGCAGCAUCCAUGUCUGCCCGCAGUCCUUUUCUCAGUCCAUUCGAUCAGCGUGACGCAGCCGACGCUGCAAGAGCAAAGUUCGCAGCUGAGUGCAGUGAUCACCUAACGAUCCUCAAUGCAUUCAAAAAAUGGAAAGACGUUUUUCGAGAGGAAGGACAUAGGGGGGUGAAGUCUUUUCUCAAGGAUAACUUUUUGGGUCGUCUCACAUUGAAUCAAAUGGAGGACCAAAGACGUCAAUUCGCUGGGUUGCUAAAAGACAUCGGGUUCUUGCCGAAAUCAUUUCAAUUGAAGAGUUUGAAUAACGUUGAAAACGCAAAUUCUGCAAACACUGGGUUGCUAAAGGCAGUUCUUUGUGCUGGACUUUAUCCAAACAUCAUAGUGGCUCCGAGGGAGUUGGCAUGCUCGAACUCGAAGAAAGCAGCAGGAGAGCACGCAUUCAGAAGCUAUUCAAAGGGGGAUGUUUAUCUCCAUCCAAGCAGCAUUGCUUUUGGGGAAUCCAAACUGGACAGUCGCUACUGUUGCUACCACGAAAUGGUCAGGACCUCCAAGACAUAUGUUCGAGAUUGUACAACAGUCAGCAUAAUGGCACUUUUGCUUUUUGGUGGCAAACUUGAGGUGUAUCAAGCACAUGGUAUCUGCUCCAUAGACGGGUGGCUAAAGUUCAAGAUUGAUGCUAAGCCUGCGACGCUUGUCAAGUACCUUCGGAGUCAGAUGGAACGGAUUUUGUUGAGGAAAAUUCUAUCCCCCGAGGAAGAUGUCGUUGGAACAGAAGAUGGUAAAGCACUGAUUAGUUCGAUCAGUCUACUUUUUCAGAGAGAAGCCGAAGAAAAGGCUUCAAUUCCAGAUCGAAGCGGAGGAGAAAUAGUGCGGCCAUGGACUGGCAGUGAUGAUAACGAGCGAAACAGAGGAAGCGCUUCUAAUGAUCGAAGCGGUGCACGAGGAGGACGUGGAGGGAAUGGACGCCGCCAAGGUGGGAGAUCAGGUGGAGGGUCAGGUGGUAGAGGUGGUGGACGAGGCAGAGGCAGACAGCGGAGAGAUUAG